CCUGGCAGUGUUUGUGGCUUUGGCAGUCGUGAUUCCAUUCUCAUUGUUCCGGCCAACCGAGCAACAGUUACUGAGAGCAUUACAAUUGUUCGUGCUUUUGGUAAUAUCUCCGCCCGGAUUAUUGUUGCUAUCAGGUGUCGACAUAAGGGCGUUCUUGGAAUGGCAGUUGUCAGAAUAUUUGGUGCUUGGAAACUACUUACUGCCUUUCGUGUGUUGUACGUACUGGCCAACUAUACUAGCAUAUGGAAUUAUUGUGUUUGCACCCGUUAGGUAA